AUGGUGCUCCAUCAAGCGAAGAAGUGUAGCCUACAUCAAGUGGAUCUGGAGUUGACAUCAGAUGAGUCGCAGCAGGUAGGAGCAGAGCGAUCCGUGUAUGACAAGAUUUCAACACAACGAUCAGGAUGAUUUCCUGUCGCGAUCAUGGAUUUAAUUCGCUAUAAUCAUUUUGAAUUACUUGCAUGCACAAUUUUUAUCUCAUCGCUGUUUGUGAUAGAUGGUGCAUCUCCUGAACUGCAGCCUCCACCAGAGGACCAGUGCUCUCCUAACCCAUGCCAAAACAAAGCAAUAUGUAGAAUCCGCGGGGACAGCUACUCAUGCUUCUGUGUGCCGGGGUUUCAGGGCACUCACUGUCAGAUUGACGUGAACGAGUGUGUUUCACAGCCCUGCAGGAACGAGGCCACCUGUGUAGACCGAGUGGGCAGCUUCUCCUGUCUGUGUUCUCCUGGGUUCACAGGGGCCACUUGUGAGGUCCAGAUUGAUGAGUGUCAAUCACAGCCGUGUCUCAAUGGCGGCAGUUGCCAUGACUAUGCCGGUAGCUUCACUUGCACCUGCCUGCCCGGUUUCCAAGGACACCGAUGUGACAUCAACAUUGACAAGUGCCAAGAGCAACCAUGCCAAAACGGGGCACUGUGUAUAGAACGGGUGAAUAACUACAGCUGUGACUGCUCUCACACAGCCUUCACUGGCAGACUCUGUGAGACACCACUGCCACCAUGCCGCUCUGAACCAUGCUUCAACAGCGCCAUCUGCACGGACAGCCAGGGUAGCUACAGCUGUGAAUGCUGGCCAGGGUUUGAGGGACGCCAGUGUCAUAUCGACAUAAAUGAGUGUGGCAGCAACCCCUGCGUGCAUGGAGGCCGCUGCAUUGAGAGGUCGUGGCAGUCUCUGUAUGGCAGCGAGCCUCUGCUUCCUGAACACUAUGACCAGCAGCAUGCUGCAGGCUACAUCUGCAGCUGUCCUCUAGGAACUACAGGUUCCCUCUGCCAGGAGGUGAUAAACCAGUGUGACCCCAAUCCCUGCCAGAAUGGGGGCAGGUGUGAGAGUCAUGUUGGAGGCUACAUUUGCCACUGCCUUAAACACAGUAACAAUGGCGUCCUCUAUGGAGGUGUAAACUGUGAGGUGAGGCUGGUGGGCUGUGAGGGAAAUGAAUGCCAGAACCAAGGCUCCUGCGCACCUUUCCUGUUGGAUGGGAAUCACGGAUACACCUGUUACUGCUCACCUGGGCACACUGGACCCCUCUGUAAAACCCCCACCACCUUCUCCUUUGAGCGCAGAGGCUACCUGCUGCUGCAGAGUCCCCUGAUGGAUGCCGUGGUGUCCUGCAACAUCACCCUCAGCUUCAAAACUACUCUGCCCAGAGCGUUGUUGUUCCAGCGGAACAGCAAGGGGAUGCUGCUGAGCCUGGAGUUGGACGAAGGGCAGCUUCGUCUUACACUACGGAAGGAGACCUCUGCUGGGGCUGAAGCAGAAAGCCCAAGCCAGGUCCUGGAGCUUCCACACAAUGUCACAGAUGGAGAGUGGCAUUCUGUAGAGGCUGUGCUCGGAAGCUGGAUGCUCAGUCUGACACUCUUGGAUGAUGCUGUGAGCUGUGGGAACCAGUCAUGCCACAAGAUGGCUCCAGUCCAAAGCACCAUGGCCAGGCUGGUGUCACCUCCUCAGAACACUUUUAUUGGAGGAGUGCUUCAAGACUCAAAUGGCCCCAGUGACAACUCUCCACUUCCAGCAUUCAUUGGUUGCAUGCGGGAUGUGUUUGUGGACUGGCAGCUCGUCGUCCCUGAGAAUUGGCUGAGCGACUCUGCUGUCAAUGUGUCCCCUGGCUGCAGCCACAGGGACCGCUGUCUGGACGUGCCUUGCCAAAACAGAGGACAGUGUGUCAACCUGUGGCAUAGCUACCAGUGCAGAUGUCCGAGGCCUUAUGAGGGGCAAGACUGUGAGGAGGAGCAUGUGACCACACGCUUUGGGAAUGAGGACUCUCAGAGUUACGCAGCUUUUACCAUUACCAAUGAUCUGGGUAACAACCUCUCCAUCUCCCUCUUCCUGCGUACACGGAGGCACUACGGAUUCCUCCUGGUGUUAGCCAACAGCAGCAGCCAGUACCUGCACAUGUGGCUGGAGGAUGGCAAGGUCACAGUUCAGAUCAAUGACUUUGAGAGCCUGAAAGCGGAGAGUGCAAUUGAUGAUGGGGAAGUCCACUUUGUGAGUGUAGAGGUGGCGGACGAUCGUAUGGCGCUGUAUGUAGCAGCCCAGAAACAGGGCGAUAUAGAAGUCAGGACAGUCAAUGUUCAAGCAGGAGACACUGUGUACGUGGGGGGUAUGUUGGAGAGUUGGAUGACGUCAGUGUUUGGUGGAUAUUUUAAAGGCUGUAUUCAGGACCUGAGGAUCAACGACAGGCGGCUGCAGUUCUUUGGGUUGGACACCUCAGUGAGCUCUUAUCCUCUGGAGCUUAUGGAAAAUGUGACUGCUGGAUGCAUUGGGGACAACACCUGCAGUACAAACCCUUGUCUAAAUGGUGGAAUGUGCUACUCCAUGUGGGAUGACUUCACCUGCACCUGCCCUCCCAGGACAGCAGGGCGGCGCUGUGAAGAGGUCAUGUGGUGUGAGCUGUCACCUUGCCCCACAGACACAGAGUGCAAGAUGCUGAACCAGGGAUACGAAUGCUAUUCCAAUGCAACUUUCCUGAACGACAGCACUGUGUUGACCUACCGGGGAAACGGCCACAUAUCUCGCAAUCUAACUAACCUCUCCCUAAACUUACGCACUCGAAAGCGUAACACAGCUAUACUCCACGCAGAAAAGGGCUCAGAAUUAGUCACACUCUCUGUGCAGGGUGGUUUCCUCUUCAUGGAGCUUCAGAGCACCACUGGAGACAACAGAGAAGAGGAGGAUGAGGGGGAGGAGGAGGAGGGAGAGCGGGGGGUGUCUACGGUCAGUAUCAGCAGCAGGACGAGUGUUAGUGAUGGUAAGUGGCACAGCAUCCACCUGUUCAUGGCAGUGCCAUGGGCACAAACCUCCCGGUGGACUUUGAUCCUGGAUGAGGAAAUAGAGGAAGCCAUCACUUCCAGGGGCCAAGGAGGCAACUUGAACUUCCUCAGGCAUGGGGUGGACAUCUUCGUAGGGGGCCUUGCCCCGGAUGCUGGGUGGUCCCUGGCUGGAUGCCUGGGCACAGUGGAGCUGGGUGGCAUUGCCCUGCCAUACUCCAGCUCCUCUGAUGUGAACCUCCCACGCAUGCAGGAGGAGCAAUUCAUCCAGACAUCACUGCAACCACCGCUCCUUGGCUGCAACGGGGCCCCCGUGUGUGAGCCCAACCCCUGCCUAAACGGAGGGGAGUGCCAGGACCUGUUCAACAACUACAACUGCAGCUGUGCCGCAGGCUGGGCCGGGAGACGCUGCAGCUUCUUCACUGACACCUGCGCUUCCAGCCCCUGCGUUCACGGCAACUGCAGCGUGAACGGGCUGACCUACGACUGCACCUGUGAGUUUGGGUACGCGGGUGUGGAGUGUGAUGAGGAGGUGGAUAUGUGUGAAAACCACCUGUGUGCCCAUGGAGGCACCUGUCUGCAUGGGCCGGACAGGUACGCCUGCCUUUGCCCCGAGAACUUCACUGGACCCCUUUGCAAUGAACGAAUAGAAGAAAUUCCAUGGUACCUUGUUGUCAGAAAUGUACGGCCUAAACUGCCUGUUUCUCUGUGUGGAGAUGACAACAAAAACUACACCUGUUUCAAUGGAGGCAACUGCACUGACCGAGAGCUGUCCUGCGACUGUCCACCUGGCUUCAUUGGACACCGGUGUGAGCAGGAGGUGGACGAGUGCAAGUCCAACCCAUGUCUGAAUGGAGGCUACUGCCGCAACCUCAUCAACAAGUUCUUCUGCGUGUGUGAAAUGAGCUUCGCUGGAGAAAUGUGCCAGACGGACUUAACCUCCGAGGGUCUGACCUUUGACCUCAUCCUGUCCGUCAGUCUGGUGACCGUCGUCCUGCUGCUGGUUCUCAUCCUCACCUCCGUCAGCGUGGUGAUGGCGCUUAAUCGCCGCGCCACUCACGGCACCUACAGUCCCAGCCGGCAGGAGAAGGAGGGAUCCCGUGUGGAGAUGUGGAGCAUCACCCAGCCGCCACCUAUGGAGAGACUCAUAUGAGAUGCAGGGACAGUGUUUACAUGCAGGGCAGCAAUGUGGUUAUUGUAGUAAUGAAGGAGGUGAUGUUAGAAGUACUCCUGAUGUAUAAUCUGCAGCCUGCAUGUCAACAUGGUCUUCCCCUCACAGCACCUCCAUUUUAAACUACAGCUGUCUUUCUCCACAAGUAAGACUGUAUGAGAUCUUAUGACACCAUUUUUUUUUUUUUGUUAUUGUAUAUCUCAGUGCUUCAUCCAUCUUCCUGCAAUGUGUUGCACCUGUCUUCACUACUCAGCAGUACAUCCCUCUAAAUGCAAAGAUUUAAAUUCAGAACGUGUCGAGUCUGUCACAUCUAUUCGUCUGAUCCAUAUUUUUUUAAGGAUUGAUGGGUCAUUUGUUCCGAAUUUUGGACCCUCAAAAAACAUUGUUUUAAAGCCUCAUCUGAAAGCGAGCAGAAUGAGUCUGAAUGUUCCACAUUAAAGGAUAAUUAUAGCAUUAUUCUUUUUUUCUUUUUGUCAACAAAUUCCAUCAAAUGAUCAAAAUCAAAUAUGUUAGCCGUCUCUCAUUGGCUCUAAUGAAGACAUUCUGUAACUCUUUAAAUACAGUAUUCUUUUUAGCAAACAUUACUCAGACAGGAGUGAAUAUUGCUUUUGUUGGGGAUUAUUUUCAGUUGCGCAUUAAUACACAUUUGGUGGUCAAGUGAUUUCCUGCAGCAGGACAGUGUAUUGUAUGUGGGAUUUUUCCAAAAUAAACAAUAAGUUCGGUGUUUUGGUCUUUUCAUGGUAUUUGCUAAUAAAAAUAUAGAAUAUCACCAGGCCUUUAAAUCCAUGAACGUCCAUCUGUUUGGAUUUAUUGCUGGAAAAAACAUUACAUGUCUACACGCUGAGUUGUGCUGCCAGUUUUGAUUCAUCUUUUAGUAAACAUUUUCACUGGAAAUACUGACAAAAUAAUGUACAUUACAGUCAGAUUUCAAGCUAAGUUGCACUUGUUGAGAAUAGUUAGUUUUUUCUAGGCUGACUUGUACAGUAAGUGUAUACAGCGUAACAAUGAUUUUUGUUUAUCAUGUCUUACUGUGAAUUUCAUUUCAACUUGUUCAUGGCAUCUGUCCAUGGACAAUGUGCUGCUUGAUUAAAGUGAAUUCAUUUGUGUAAAUGUA